AUGGGAACUGGGUGUAAGCGGAGCGUGCGCCGCGGCUCCCCUUCGCUCCCGGCCGCCAUCAUGAUGCUAGGCCGCGGGCUGGACGCCAGGGACAAUCAAACUAGACAAGUACGAGAGGCUGUUUCAAAUGUGGAAAAACAUUUUGGUGAAUUGUGCCAAAUAUUUGCUGCAUAUGUACGUAAAACUGCUAGACUACGAGACAAAGCAGACCUGCUAGUAAAUGAAAUAUAUGCAUAUGCAGCUACAGAGACACCAAGCUUAAAACUUGGAUUGAAAAAUUUUGCAGAUGAAUUUUCCAAACUUCAAGAUUAUCGCCAAGCAGAGGUUGAAAGGCUUGAAGCCAAAGUGGUUGACCCUCUGAAAAGUUACGGGACCAUAGUAAAACUUAAAAGGGAUGAUCUCAAAGCAACUUUAACAGCAAAGAAUCGAGAGGCUAAACAGUUAUCUCAACUGGAAAGGACACGUCAGAGGAAUCCAUCAGAUCGACACAUUAUUUCACAGGCUGAAAGUGAUCUACAGAGAGCUUCGAUGGAUGCAACUCGAACAAGUCGGCAGUUGGAGGAAACCAUUGACAAUUUUGAGAAACAGAAAAUAAAGGACAUAAAGAGCAUAUUUUCUGAAUUUAUAACUAUUGAAAUGUUAUUCCAUGGAAAAGCUUUAGAGAUUUACACUGCUGCCUACCAAAAUAUACACAAUAUUGAUGAGAAUGAAGAUUUAGAGGUUUUUCGGAGUUCACUGUAUCCACCAGACUAUCAGUCUCGUUUAGACAUAGUCCGUGCAAACUCAAAGUCCCCCCUUCAAAGAACUGGUUCAUCAAAAUUUUCACCUGGAAUAAUACAGCAAAUGUCUAACAGUCGGCUAAGAAAAGAAGAGGAGGAAGAUGAAGAGGAGGAAGAAGAGGAGGAGGAGGAGGAGGAUGAAUUGGAAGCUACCAAGGAAGAGAGAUAACUUUGAGAACUCUAAGUAUU